UAGCAAUGGGGCUUUGCCUGGAGAUGAUGUUGGCCUUCUGGUUCUGUUUGUCUCCCUCUCUGAGGUCCUGUCUGCCUCUGCAGAUGCCCCCGUUUGAGUGCAUGGUGCUGGCGUAUUUAAGGCCUCCAGUGAGCUGGAUCAGCAUUGCCCCCUUCAUGUCUUCCUAUCCAUUUAUGUAACAGACUUUGCAGACUGGGAUCCAGUGUAUGUCCUUAUCUUGAUACCUGUCCAGGACCUAGGGAAUAGACCCUGAAGCAACCAUGAAAGUCACACAGGGCACCUACUAGAAUACUAGGCUCAAGGCCUAGCUCUUUGGACAAACUUGUUUCACUUAUUAAAUCUGUUCUCCAGUUAGGGUUUGGAAAUGGUUUGACUAUGUUCCCAAGGGUUCAGGCUUUGGAGGCUUGGUCUUUAGAGAGAGGGGGCUGGGAGGUGAUAGAAACUUUAGGAGUUGGGGUUUAGUGGAAAAUAAUCAGAUUGCUGAGGAUGCUGCCCUUAGAAAAGAGCAAGCCUGGCCUCUCCCCAUCCUUGGCUUCCUGUCUUACCAUGUGGUUCCUGUUCUACCAUGAUGCCAUUAGCCAUAAGAUCCUUGCCAGAGUCAACUUGAUGCCUGGGCCAUUCUCUUGAACCUCCAACCUGAUGAGCUAAAUAAACCUCUUUUCUUUGUAUGUUAUGCAGCCUCAAGAAUUUUGUUAUAGUAACAGAGAAUGGACUAAGGUUUCUUUGGAGCACUGAGACAAUCAAGGCCAAAUGUUGGAAUCUCUACUACUGCAACGUUGGUGAGACUGGCCUUGUAAGGAGGUGAUGCUGAUAGUGACCCUUUACUGACCAUGCCAGCCAGGCCUCUCAUGCCCUGUCUGCUGAGUGGGUCUUCUCCAAGUCUGCAGAUGAAACUGAGGCUCACGCUUGAAAAGCGUCAGACUCCUAUAGUCAUACAUCAGUGUUUAUUUCACCAUUAACCAGAUUGCUUUGGAAAGAGAUCUGAGAUUGAAAGUUUACAGUUCUAAAAGUUAUUCUAGGCUGAGUUCACAUGACAGUAAAGUAAGACUGAUGGUUUCUUCCAAGUUCAUUCUUCACACUGGGUCCAUGGAAAGGGAUCUCUAGUUAUUUUUGACAGCCUUUGGCCAAGGCUUUCUGUCACCUUUCUCCCAACUGCCACUUGAGCAAGUAAGCAUGACGCUUUAUACUCCUGGGCAGAGUCCAGGUUCACUGUGUCAUUCAGCAGAGAUGGGGCCCAUCACUCCAAGUCUGCAGUGGUAUGAAACACUACACAGGCAAGGGUUCUGGAGCAAACCAGAGCCUGUUAAAAACAUUGCACCUCUGAAAAGCAACCCUAAAACCAUGAGCUGCUGCUGGUCUUUUGGCCUUUCCGGAGGCCCUAGUCUGCACUGGGGCAUUUAGCAGAGUCUGCUGCUGGGCCAGAAACCACCGUCAUUAUGACACUAUGCACCUAUUCCCGGGAAAGCAGAAUAGCACUGUGACUGGGACCUACUCGGGGCUCAUUCCCCGUGAUCUUGAUGAGGGGCUCUGUACUCUCCUGUGCUUCCUGUGGAAAAGCUGACCCUGGCUUGCUGUCAGCAUUUAAAGUAUUGAGUCAUUGAUGGGGAUGAUGGCUCCCAGUGCAGCCUGGGGAGAAGGAGCCCAGAAGCCCAGAAGCUGAAAAGUCCAUUUGCUCAUCCGCCAGAGAGGGAACAUAAUGUGUGUUCACUUUGGGUCACUCAGCACCUCCAGUUGCAUAGGGCAGCAUGACUAAAUCUCAGGGGCUCAGUGUUGAGUGAAGAGCAGAGUAUGGGAGAAUGCAUGCAGAAUGAUGCACUUACAGAAAGUUUUAAAACUUCAUAAGAGUCACCAGAGGGUUGGGGGUGUGGCUCAGUGGUAGAGCAUGGGCUUACCAUGCAUGCACAGGACCCUGGGUUCAGUUCCCAGCACAAAAGAGGGCAACCUAUGGGUGCAUAGGUUGCAGGUGUGUAAAAACAUGCAUGAGAAUGAUAAAUACGAGUCAGGCUAAUUGUCAUGUAUGGGGAAAGGAUGAUUAUUAUCCUGUUCCUUAGCUUAUCAAUCCCAAAAGAAUCUGUGACUUGACAGUGCUUCAUUGGCUGGACCUGGAAGCUCACACCUAUAAUCCCAGCACUCUAGAAGCUGAGGCAGGAGAUCGCCAUGAGUUCAAGGCCAGCCUGGAGUGCAUGGUGAAAUGCUGUCUCAAAAUACACACACAUGUAUACACACAUAAAGUGCUUCAUUAUCCAGGUGCAGUGGUGCACAUGUGUAAUUUUAGCACUUAGGAGGCUGAGGCAAGAGCAUUGCCAUGAUUUUGAGUCAGCCUGAACUACAAAGUAAGACCCUGUCUCAAAAAAGCCAAGAACAUGGCCGGGUGUGGUGACACACACCUGUAAUCCCAGCACUCAGAAGGCUGAGGCAAAAGAAUCAUUGCAGGUUCAAGACCAGCCUGGACUGCAUAAGACCCUGUCUCAAAAAAAAAGUGCUGAUUUGAACAAUGCCAAAAAGUAAGGAUAAUCACUCUGACCUUUGGCUAACAUAUACUGAGCACUUGUUAUGUGCCAGGUACUGUGUACUUAGUACAUGUCCUGCUAAGUCUUCUCAACUUCUGGAGUUGCUGUCAUCAGCCCUCCUUGCACACAGGGAAGCAGAAGUGGCCUCCCAUUGGUGCUCAGCAGUCUGACUGGAGCCCAUGCUCACCAUUCUCAGGACAAGCAGGUGGCAGGACUCUGGAGUAAAUACAGAAUGCAAAUCUGUGUGAUUGGAGCAAAGGGCUCAUGGAGGAGGAUGGUUUUAUUCAGGCAAACCAAAGAAGAAAAGACAAGGAGGAAGAAUAAAAAUCGAGUUUUCCUGGACCAGUGAGCUACUUCUGUGGUCCCCUCAUCCAUUAUCUAUUUGAAAGAAAAAAAUAUGGAACUCUUAUGACUCAACAAUAACAAUAAAAAGUGAUGUAAUUAGAAAGUAAGCAGAGAUGGGCCAGGGAUUUAGCUCAGUGGCAUAAGUGCUUGCCUAACAAACACAAGGCCGUGAGUUCGAUUCCCGGUACCAAAAAAAGAAAGUAAGCAGAGGACUUGAAUAGACAUUUCUUGAAAAAGAUGCACAAAUGGCAGACAAGUCAUAAAAAGAUGUGCAAUUUUACUAAAUAUUAGGGAAAGGGAAAUAAAAACCACAGUGAAGAGGCUGAGGGAGGGUCCUGUGAGUUUGAGGCCAGGCUGGGCCACAUAAUGAGUUAAAGAUCAACCUGACUACCUUGGGAGACUGUGUCAAAAAAAAAACCAAAAAGAUUUAUCAUACCCUUUAAGAUGGCUGACAUUAACACACAGAGAGAGAAAAUGGAAGUGUUGGAGUGUGGAGAAAGUAAAACCCUUUUAUACCAUGCACCACAGGCUGGGAUAUAAAAUUAUGUGACUGCUAUGGAAGGCUGUGGCAAUUUUUAAAAAAUUAAAAGCAGAAUUGCUGUGUGAUCCAGUAAUUCCACUUCUAGAUAAACCCAAAAGAGUUGGAAAAGAGGCUUGGAGAGAGAUUUGCACACCUGUGCUCAAAGCAGCAUUAUUCAUAGUAACCAAAAGGCCAAAACGGCUACAGUAUGCAUUGAUGGGUGAACGGAUUAAUAAAAUGUGAUAUGCAAACACACACAGGACUGCUGUUCAGCCUUAAGAAGAAAGGCAAUCUUAAUACGUGUUACAGCAAGGAUGCAGUUGGAAGACAGCGUGCUGAUAAAUGAGCCAGUCACAAGUGCGUAAAACCCGACUGCCUUCUCUGAGCGACCUAGAGCAGUCAGGUUCCUAGAGACACAGUAGACUGGGGGUUUUGUGGAGUGAGCUUUCCGUUUGCAGGACUGGAAAAGUGUAGAGCUGGUUGUUGGUGGUAGUUGCACAACAGCGGAAACUGGGCGCACCCACAAUGAAAAUGGUGAGUGCUAUUUAAAAAGAUAAAGUUCAUGUUCACAAGUGGUUUUCCAGUGAGGCGAUGCUCCUUUGUACUCAGGAGGGAUCACCUGGAUUUAAGAGCAGUGGGGAAAGAGUGGCUGCAGGAGCACCUACCCACAAGUCCCCAGGCACCAGUUAACCUGGAGGGUGGCACAUCGUGACUGCAGGUGGCUGCAGUGUGCUCACAGAAGUGCACAGGACACAGGUUGACUCCGUAUACUGUGUGUACCCCUCCCUGACUUCCAGGGGCUCACUCCAGUGAUUGAUCCCUAGGAUUUGAGCUGGUUUGACCCUAUCACUCCAGAACAAGAGUAUGCUUUUAGUGAAGCCAUAUUCUAAAACCACCACCCUACCAACACUGUAUCUUGGGGGAAAAAAUACAAAAAAAAAAAAAAACUUUCCAGAGCUAAAAUCCAUUCAGAGGAGGCCUAAGUUGUCAGCUAGCAGACGUGGCUGCUCAGGGCUGUCUGGUGGCUUCCUUGGAGCUGGGUGGCAAGAAUGAAUUUGUGCCAGACCUGUGCUCUUGUGACUUUGAGACUGAAAAUAAGCAAGCUGCACUUGUCUGCUUGGUAACUAGAAGCAGUCCCUCCAUUGAUCCACCUGGCAGGGACCUGCCUUAGACAUAUGAGGACCAUCUGCCCCAAAGUGGGCUCGGCAGCCAAGUGCAGGUACGUGGGUGAACACAGGCUGAGAUCAGACCAGGCUGGACCACACCAGAAGAAUCCCCAGUGAUCCAGACCUCAUUCAGUGGAUGUUAUCUGAAGCCAAUAAAUGCUGGAGUGAUUUGUCAUGUGGAUUCCAAGCAGGUGCAGCAGUUUCACUAUGGAAUUCAGGUUGGCCUUGAACUCACUAUGUAGCCCAGGCUGGCCUCAAACUGCAGUGAUCCCCCAGCCCAAGUGCUGAGAUUACAGCUGUACACCAGCACACUCAGCAAAAGUUUACUCUUUGAGGGCUGGGAAUUUAACUCAGUGGCAUAAGCACAUGCCUGGCAAGCACUACAUUGUGAGUUUGAUCUCCAGUACAAAAAAAAAAAAAAAAAAAAAAAAGUAAUGUAUAAAAAAAAAAGAACUGUCGAAAAAUUUACUCUUUGGGGGCCAAGCCCAGCCCCAUUCUUUGGCCUGGUGCCACUCCCAAGCCCACUAUUGAAACACCCAAGUGGCACAUAUGGCUUCUUCUAGGUAACAUCUUCCCAAUACUUGGUGGCUUUUUAGAUAUGCAUCCCCUUGAUGGACUUGGCAGUUUCUGGGCAUUCCCAAAGUGACUGCAAAGAUUUGAACCUCUUGAUUUGUGUAAUUUUGUCAUGUUUGGGAGGUCAAGAGAAUAAUGAAACAUUUUCAAGGUCUUCCUAUGUAGUUCAGGCUGGCCUUGAACUCAUUAUGUAGCAUAGGCUGGCCUCAAACUUUCAGGGAUCCUCAGCCUCCCAAAUGCUGGAUUUACAGGCCUGCAUCACUACCACCUCGUUCUCUCCUCAUAUUUUUUAUCUACUGUGAUGUUAUAUUUUCAUUUUAUUCUUUUGUUUGGUUUUAUUUGGGGUUUUUGAAACAGAGUCUCACUAUGCAGUUCAGGCUACCUUUGAACUUGUGACAGUCCUUCUGCCUCAGGCUCCCAAGGUCUGGAGUUACGAGAGUGUGUCACCAUGCCUGCUCCUUUUGUUCUUUAGAAAUGGUUUUCUUCAGGUCUUUGGACACAUUUAAGAUGGUUUCAUGUUUUUGUUGAACUCAUGACCUCAUGCUUGCCAGGCAGGCACUUGUGCUGUUGAGCUAAAUCCCCAACCCCAGUUUUGUUUUUGAGAUGGGGGUUGAUAACUCAGGCUGGUCUCAAAUUCACAGUGAUCCUCCUGCCUCAGUCUCCUGAGUGCUGGGAUCACAGCUGUGCACCCUCACGCCAGCUGUCUUUUUUGCUUUUCCUUUUCCUUUUUGCUUUUCCUGUCUUUUCUGAUUUUCCUUGGGAGGCGAUGGUCGACUGAUCAUUUAUUUACAUUAUUGUUUGGCUGGAGUAAUUCUGUGAAGCCUUUUUCUCUUUGUGUGCUGUUUCUGAUGUCCCUGUCCAGAUUUUUCCUCCUUGACUAUCUCCUUCAGCCCUGCUACCGGGGGUCACUCCAGGGUGGUCCUAAACCACUGAAGGGUCAGAGGUUGUGGGAAGCCCCUUCUGCCAGCUGGUUGUUUUCCUCUCGUGACAGAUGAGUGUGUGGCUCAGAGGCUGCCAGCUGAUCCAGUUCCACGAUCAGCCCAGGGGAAGAAGCUUGGGGAUCCCGUCUCAGGUUGGUCACGCACAGUCUGCUGGCUUCUAGAGAUGACUCUGUCAUUAAGCCUGGGUUCCCGAGAACCACUCCUGAAUCAGAGACCGUCACCAUUUGCUCAGGGUGUAAACCUCUUAUCCCAGUGAAGUAUCAGUCCCAGUGUGAUGGAUCUGUAUGUGGCCUUUGGGACGCCUCCUGGGGCCCCUUGCCCUGCGCUGAAUCUUCCUCAAUGGAUGUGACCUGGCCUGUGAGCAGUCUUCCUGACUCGAGUUGACUUUCUCAAUUGCCCAGACUGGGCUUGACCUUGGGAACCCCUGCCUCAGCCUCUUAGGGUGCUGAAAUUAAGCUCAUGUGCCACCAUGCCUAGCAGAAUGUCCUUUUCUACCAUGCUGCUCCUCUCUUUUUUUUUUUUUUUUUUUUUUUUGGUACUGGGGAUCAAACUCAAAACCACAUGCUUACAAGACAGGUGCUUAAGCCACUGAGCUAAAUCUCCAGCCCACUGCUCCCAUCUUGCUUUGGGCAAAGCUAAUACAAUAACUUUGCUGUGUAGCUGUCAUCAAAGCAUGCACAAGAUGCUCUCUGGGGUCUCAGGAAAGCACCCCCUGGCCAGGGACCUAACUGGUUUCUUUUGGUCCUGAGGAGUAGUGUAGGGAGCUUCCAACUUUCACUGGUUUCCAUCUUCUUACUGGUCCUAGGGGCAGGCUGGUGAUUUCUAGGGCCCUGACCACUCUAAUUUUCUGUAACUUAUUUCCGCUUGGGGGACCCGAAUGUAUGCCCAAGAACCUGGGCUCCUAGUCUGAGACACCGCUGCCUAGGACACCCAGGCCUAGGCCUAAGUGCCACCAUCUGCCUUGGAAGGGAAGGGACCCUUUAAGUCCAGCCCGGCUCCCCCAGGCUGUUACUAUGUAGCACGCCAACUUCCUUAGCAACCACUUAGCCUCUUAUGGGGGCCUUGGAACAGUGGUGGCAGCCAUGGCUCCCAAAAAGAAGACGAACAAGGGGGAAAAGGAGCUUGACAAGAAGAAAAAAGGAGGCAAGAAGGAUCCCAGCGUGGCCAUCAAGCCCAUGGAGGCGCCGCUAUCGGAGGACAUGCGGGAGUUCUACCUCAUCCAGAUCCGAGACCUAGAGGACAGGCUGGCCCGGUACCAGCGGAAGUCAGACGAGCUGGCUUCACAGGAGAGGCUGUCCCGCCAGGAGUUUGAGCAGCUGGCCAGUAACAAGAAGGAGAUCAUCGCCUUCCUCAAGCACACGCUCAACCUGCAGGUGGAUGAGAUCGCUGACCUCAAGGAGCAGCUGCAGAGCCUGCAGCUGGCCAAGGAAAUGGAGAAGGAUGCCUUUGAAGCACAGCUGGCCCAGGUGCGCCAUGAGUUCCAGGAGACCAAGGAUCAGCUGACCACAGAGAACAUUGUUCUUGCGGGAAAGCUGGCCGCCCUGGAGGAGUUCCGGCUACAGAAAGAGGAGCUCAUGGACAAGUUCAUGUCCCUGGAGGACCAGCUGCUAAGGCAGGAGAGCGAGUACAAGGACUAUGUGUACAACCUGGAGAAGAAGUCGGUGCUGGACAAGGACAGACUGAGGAAAGAGAUUAUCCAGCGAGUGAACCUGGUGGCUGCCGAGUUCCACAAGAUGGCUUCGGACCAGACGUGGGAAACUACAAAGCGAGCCAUCACAGAGAACAACAGCAUGACGCUACAGCUGGCCAAGGUGUCCCAGCACGGUGUGCAGCUGCUGCAGGAGAAUGAGCAGCUCAAGGGCAUCCAGGAGGAGCUACAGAAGCAGCUGGGGGUGCUGGAGAACACCCAGAAGGUCAUGGCCAGGAACAGUAGAGGCCACCAAAAAAUCAUCCUCAUGCUGACCGAGAAGUGCCGUGAGCAGCAGCAGGGUGUGGCUGAGGCCAAGCAACUGCGUCUCCUGCUCAGCCAGCUGGAGCAGAGUAUCCUGCAGCUGCAGACGGACAACCAGGCUCUGCGGAGCCAGAUAGACCAGCUGAACCAACAGCAGCAGCAGCAGCAGGCUGAGGUACAGAGACUACAGCAGGAGCUGACUGAGGAGCAGAAGAUCCAGGCCAGUCUAGAGGCAACCCUGGCCCAGGCCAUUUUGUGUGUACAGGAUAUUCUGCAGAGGCACACAGAGGAAGAGGAUGGUGACUUUGAAGUAGCACUCGAGCUACAGCGCAGGGAGCUGCUGCACCAAUUGCUGGCCCUGCUCAGCUCUGCUGUGGUCCUGAAACCCCAGACAGCUGCUCAUCCCCGCAGCCAGAAGCAGGCCCGUGGCCCACCCAAGCAGAGUCGAUCCCGUGUCCUGCUGCCCAAGGUGGCAUCUCUGCUGCAGCAGCUGUCUGGCAUCACCACCUCCCAGCCAAGGCAUCCAGGCCUGGUGCCUCGCCAAGGCCACAUCCCACCCAACCCCCAGGACCUCAGGCUGCUCUCAUUCGUUACCCGCAUGGGGAGCCUCCGGGCACACAGCACUCCUGAGAUCCAUGCCUCCGGUGCUGUAAAACGUAUCAAAAAGUUCAGUCUUCCUCAAGUUUUCCUGCAUCCCAAGUAG